UGCAGAGUGAGCAGGCCACAGCAGCUGUCUGCCUCUGCGCCCUGCAGCCUCUGCACCCAGCAGUCGGUCAGACAACCCUCACCUGGUCCCUCCUGCCUGCCCACAUCAGGCACCAAGCAACACUCUGCUUGGAGAGGCCUUGUUCUCCAGAGCGACGGCGCCAACGCUGCUCUUGCCUGUCUCUGUGUAGUGAGCGUUGCUGCUGCAGUUCCAGAGAGCAGAGGGAUGGCCGGAAAUGGAGCCAGGAGCCGGGAGGGCCGCCAGGAGCAUGCCUUCAUCCCCAAGCCUUUCAAUGGCGCCAAUGUGGCCCCGCACCUCUGGCUGCACCACUUUGAGGUCAUCAACGACCUCAACCAUUGGGACCACGUCAGCAAGCUGAGGUUCCUGAAAGAGUCCCUCAGAGGAGAAGCCCUGGAGGUCUACAGUGGACUCAGUCCCGAGGACCAGGCAGACUACGGGGCUGUGAAAGAGACCCUCCUGAAGACCUUCGGGGGGCUGGGGACCACCCACAGCCACGAGCCCAAGGAGAUCGUCUUUGCCAACAGCAUGGGUAAGGGCUACUACCUCAAGGGGAAAAUUGGAGAAGUUCCUGUGAGGUUCCUGGUGGACUCUGGGGCCCAGGUCUCCGUGGUCCACCCAAGCUUGUGGGAGGAGGUCUCUGAUGGCGACUUGGACACACUGCGCCCCUUUGAGAAUGUGGUGAAAGUGGCCAACGGGGCUGAAAUGAAGAUCCUGGGCAUCUGGGAUACAGUGGUGUCCCUGGGCAAGCUGAAGUUGAAGGCAGCGUUCCUAGUGGCCAACGCAAGUGCGGAAGAAGCCAUCAUUGGGACCGACGUGCUCCAGGACCACAACGCCAUCCUGGACUUUGAGCAUCGCACGUGCACACUGAAAGGGAAGAAGUUCCGCCUUCUGCCUGUGGGAGGGUCCCUGGAAGAUGAGUUCGACCUGGAGCUCAUAGAGGAGGUGGGGUCCUCCUCAGAGGAGGGGCGGCAGUAGCUCUCCUAUUGAGAAGCCCCCUUUGCCUCACUCCCCAGAUAUUGGCGGGAGGACCCACCAAGGUAAAGGGGAAGGGCACAUAUCUAUCCUCAGGGGGUCACUGGGCUCGUCCAGCCCUCUAAAACCAGCUCUUGCCCUCCUGCUCCCCUCCUGUUCCUCCUCCUCUGCCCUCUGCAGGGGCCUUCACCUGCCCCUGAUGGGGGAGGCUUCCAUUGGAAAAGGAACAGGUGAGGGAGAGCAGGCUGGCUUUCUUAAAGGGGGAGAGGGUCCUCGUGGUUGUCAAGCUGCUGUUGGUGGCAAAGACUCAGAGGCUAGAAGAAGGUUCCAAGUUGGCUAGAAAUGCUUGUCUUUGAGAGAGGACCAGGGGACCCCUUCAGGUCCCUUGAGUUGUGGUUCAGCCACCCUUGGGCCCAGCUAGCCCAUCUCGGCUGGGCUGGGUGGUGGCUGCAGGGUCCUUACAAGCAAGAUCCAGCUCUCAUGGUGAGGGUCACAGCUGCUCUGGGAUUCUUCACUGUUGGGUCUUCCCACCAGCACAAUGUGUGUUUCCUUCUGUCAUUUGCUUUGAAACCCAUUGAGCCUUGUACCAAUAAUUCAUUACUUCAAAAAGCAAAUAAAGUUGACUCAUGGAAAAA